UUCAACGUCUGCGAUAAGUGUUGAUUUUUCUUUCGAUUUCGAUAUUUGUUGUUACUAGUCGAGAUUAUACAUCUGUACGAUCAGAGUAAUUCGGCAUCCCCAAAACUUGGUUGGGUGAUUGUGUUUAUCACAUAAUCGCAGUGGGCACGGAGAGAACUGUCACUCGAGAAUUUUUUUUAACGCCCGUACGCCGUCAUUUAGUGGAUUUGGUAGUGAGACAGGUCUGGAAAUGUACUUACUGGUAAACUACCGGCUUCUAGGACAGAAAGUCAAUUCCCUUCUUCGCAUAUUUUGGCCUUAGGCUCGAAGGCAGGCCAGGUCAGUCGGCCAUAUCUGCUGGCCAAUUCGGGAACGACAGUGCCGCAGUAUCGUCCAUGCGAUAAAACGCCGAUAUACGCGAACAGUGCUGUUGUAAAUGAAAGUACUGAAAUGUCAGUUUAAUAAUAAAUAGUGAAGACGGAAGUUAAAUCAGGUUAAAUCGAGAAUUAGGUGAUUUCAUGACGGGAUAAUAUGCAGUAAUGUGUCGCAUAGAAAGACACACAAACGCAAACAUAAUAUGAGAAAAAAAAUUAGGUUAAGAUAGGGUAAUUAAACGCUAAACAAUAUUGGACUGUAUAUAGGUAUGUAAAUGUAUUAAUUUAUUAAAACUUGGAGUCCCAUCUAAACAUGCUUAACUAUUGCUGUUAUAUUAUUACGUGGUUUUAAAAUAUAGUGCAAACAUAAAAAUGGCAAAUAAUACGUUUGAUCAUGAAGAUAAGGCCAGCUGGUAUUUUGGACCAAUCAGCCGGAAAGAAGCGACCGACUUACUUAUGGCAGAACGAGGAGGAGGUGUUUUCUUAGUUCGUGAUAGUGCAACUUGUGUUGGAGACUUUGUGCUGUGUGUAAAAGAAGAUAGUAAAGUAAGCCACUAUAUAAUUAACAAGACGCAACAAAUGGAUCAAAUUAAAUAUAGGAUUGGAGAUCAAUGUUUCAACGAUUUACCAAGCUUGCUUUCGUUCUAUAAGGUGCAUUAUUUAGAUACAACACCACUUAUUAGACCUGUUUCAAAGAAAGAGGAAAAAGUUAUCGCCAAGUUCGAUUUCGAUGGUAGGGAUCCAGAUGAUCUAGUCUUUAAAAAGGGAGAGAUUCUCACUAUUAUUGCAAAGGACGAGGAGCAGUGGUGGACGGCAAGAAAUAGUGCUGGUAUGAAAGGAUCAAUCCCUGUUCCGUAUGUUCAGAAGUAUGAAGAAUGUCAAGUAAACAAUGAAAUCCCGCGGCCUGGUUCUGGGGGUGGUGUGACAACAUCAGCUCAACAAGCUGAAACUGCCAUGAAACGAAGUCAAAUGCAACGAAAGCUUCCAGCAAAAGCGCGAGUGAAACAAGUUCGUGUACCAAACGCUUAUGACAAAACUGCUUUAAAAUUGGAAAUCGGCGAUAUUAUCACUGUUACCAAAACUAACAUCAAUGGGCAAUGGGAGGGGGAGCUGAAUGGGAAAACUGGCUACUUUCCGUUUACACAUGUAGAGUUUCUAGAUAAUGAUAAUGAAAUUUAGUGUUUUAAAUGAUAAUAUGAUUGUAUAAAUGCUCCAAUCUGCUGUAUAUUUAUUAAAUUUAUUUGGCACUAACAUAUAAUGUUUAACCUAAUCAGCUACUUGUGUUGUUAAUAUCGAUUUGUAUUUUUAUUAAUUACAUAUCAAUAUUUACAUAA